UCCUGGUUUCAAUUACAUUUCAGCGCAAUUCAGCACGUUCUUAGAUAAAAGCGAUAACGACAGAGAGGUAUAAACCGAGCCGCACAGUCAGGCUUAACGCUUCGUCACAGAGAUAAUAGGUAAGACUCACAUCAUCAUGGCGACCUCAUCGAUUUUAAGCUGUUUGAUUAUCAGUUUUGCCACGAUCGUAAAUGCUGAUCAUGGGGAGCAACUGUCCGUCACAGAUUAUGGGUCAUUGCAAAUUUCCAUGGUACAACAUGGAGAGAAGUACGCCACCAACAGACCUUGUUACGCGUACGAAGAUGUAUCACCCUUGUACCACGGCAUGACUCAUGUCCGAGGACUGAACGAUAAACUUGGGACUAUAACUUUUAAAGUUAAUGUCCCGGUCAUCAUUUACCUCGCCAUCGAUUCGCGUUAUUCAUAUAUUCACGGAAACGACUACGAAGACACGGGAGAUUUAGUCAUGCUGGGCGGCUGUCACAAGCCUAGGGUUAAAUUCCCUAUUUACCGGAGCCGUCGGGUACACGGACCCGGUUUGGUGUCGGUGCAUUUCCCGUCCUCUCGAAUGACAGGGAUUUUUCUCCGAGAUAACGCCUUUGACGUGCGCCCUUAUGCAGAGCUGAAGGUGACGUUCACUGGUACCCCUCGGGAGAUAAGCAUGGUGCGGCAGGGGGAGAAAUUUAGUACCAACCGGGACUGCUACAAGAUGGAAGAUAUCCCUCCGAAAUACCACGGACUUACGCAUCUCCGGGGACCAAACGACGAGACCACUAUUACUUUCCACGUGAAUAUUCCAGUGGCGGUAUAUGUUGCCAUCGACUCCAGAAAGAACCGAAACACCAUUCUACCCGCAUAUUUCAAAGCCACCGGGGAAAAGAUUGUACACGGGGGAUGUCACGAGCCCACGGACUUCCCAAUAUACGAGCGAAAAUACCUCAGCGGGGGAAUCGUCUCCAUUCCACUCAUUGCGUCAAGGAUGCUCACAGUUAUAAUCAAACCACUGAUGUAACUAUGGAAACGGCAUGUAAUAACGUCACAGUAAAUUGAAACUGAACAUGAUGAUUUUAACUGGUUAUAGAGAUUUUUAGAAAACCGUAGUUUUUUCAAAGAAAAGACGUCAAGCGACAUCACUGUCAUGAUAGACAUAUAGCGAAAUUUGCCGUAGAAUCAUUGUAGUUGAGUAAAGACCAAGUAACAAAGUUCUGAAUGUUCUCACUCGAGUUUGAGAAGCAUUUGUAAGACUUGUAACCGACGGAGUUGUAGCUCUUUUAAGCAUGUGUCUUUGUCAUACUUCAACAAUCAAUACAUUCUGACUAUAUAAUAACUAUCUAGCGAAACAUAUUCUCUUAAUAUUGAAAACUUUGAAAUGGAAUAAAAAUAAAUAGCAGUUAUGCAACGCU